UUCGUCAUGCGUGUUUUAGGGUCUUCAGGUUGCUGCUGAGGCCCGACCACGCCAUCUUCAGUCCUGACGCUGUGUUCGAGGGCUCUUCGGGGCGCCAGUUGUACUUCGACCCCGGCAAGGUGUACGUCGGCACCCUGGAGGACGACGAAAUGGCAGAGGUGCGAGGUCUGGUGACAGAAGACGGUCUGUUCGAUGGUACCAUCUCGACGCGUUUUGAAGAUUUUUAUAUAGAGCCAGUUAGACGCUACGUGAAACAAAACACGAGCGCGCCUCAUUUCCAUACCAUUGUGUACCGAUCAUCAGAUGUCUACGGUCCGCAGUUAACUCAGCCCUGCGCCUCGCAGAUCCUGCACAUCAACCACAAUGCACCGCGAGACAUAAACGAAGAUCUCACAGCGUCAGUUCGAAGAAAGGAAACGAAUCUCGGGGACUGCGAGAUUGAAUGUGGUCGUGACAAUUGGAACGCGGCGGAUAUAAAUGAAGAUCGGGCUAUAACAACUGAAAAUAAACGAACGCUCGACGUCUCUGAAUCUACCAAAGGGAAAUUGGUUUCUGAUACAAUAGAGAGCGGACUUGAAAAUAAAUUAAGUAAAGUAAAUCAUAUAAAAGGAUUAGUAGAAAAAGAACACAGAAUAAAUCUCGAGGAAAACGAGACUAUGAUAGUCGGCAACGAUGCUCAUGUUUACAGCCAGUCAAACAAAGUAAAUGAUCCAGGAUUUGAUGCUGUUAUUCGUUCUCACAGAAAAAACAGACGGAAGAGAUGGCCCAGUGACGAAGUGCCACUGUCAGCAGGCUCCAGCAACCCCUCCACGCCCCCCCGCCACACCAGUCGUCUGGAUACGUAUUAUUAUAAUCCGAAUGUGUUUUACGAUUUUCCGAACGAAAGCCUGUCCUCUACCGGCAGUCCCGACGAAGUGAUUAGUGUAAGGCAUGUCCACAAGCGCGCCACUGUCGACCCCAAGAAGACAACUUGUAUGCUGUAUCUGCAGGCUGAUCACCUUUUCUACCAGAAGUACGGGACAGAGGAGGCGUGCAUCGAGGUCAUGACGAGGCACGUGCAGCGCGUGAACUCCAUCUACAAGACGACAGACUUCAACCAGGAUGGGAAGCCCGAUAACAUCAGCUUCAUGGUGAAACGGAUCAAGGUGUAUUCAAUGGAUGCGCUCAAGGACACUACCUACAGGUUCCCGCUCAACUACGGCGUCGAGAAGUUCCUGGAACUUUUCUCAGAGGAGGAUUAUGAUCAAUUCUGUCUGGCUUACAUGUUCACCUACCGAGACUUUGAGAUGGGAACAUUAGGUCUGGCUUGGACAGGAGACCUCAAGAACGCUGGUGGUGUGUGUGAAAAGAACGGGCAUUACCGAGGGAGCAUGAAGAGCCUAAACACCGGGAUCGUGACACUUCUUAACUACGGAAAGCACGUUCCCCCUGCCGUCUCGCACGUCACACUUGCUCAUGAGAUUGGUCACAACUUCGGCUCACCACAUGACCCUGAUUUAUGCACUCCUGGUGGUGAUGAUGGUAACUUCAUUAUGUUUGCACGGGCAACGUCAGGAGACAAGAGGAAUAAUAACAAGUUCUCGCCGUGCAGUCUGAACAGUAUCAACCCCGUUUUGAAUGCAAAGGCUCGUAGUCCUAAGGGUUGCUUCACAGAACCACAGGCUGCCAUCUGUGGGAAUGGAGUAGUGGAAGUCGGAGAGGAAUGCGACUGCGGCUGGGAGGAGGACUGUCGAGAUGAGUGCUGCUUCCCACAGCGCAGGUACCCACCGCCUGAAGAGCCGCCUUGUAAACUCACUCCACAUAGCAUAUGCAGCCCCUCACAGGGUCCUUGCUGUACCUCAUCGUGUGAGCUCAAGUAUGGAGACAAGUGCCGAGAUGACAAUGGCUGUCGAGACGCAAGUUUCUGCGACGGACGCGGACCACACUGCCCGCCCUCUAUCAAUAAACCCAACAAGACAAUCUGCAAUGAAGAGUUUGUGUGUUUCAUGGGCGAGUGCACAGGCUCCAUCUGCCUUGCAUUCGGACUUGAAUCCUGUCAGUGUAUUCCCGGACCACACGACCCCAAAACAAAGGCCUGCGAGCUGUGCUGUAAGCUGCCUGGAGACAACCAGCCAUGUCUGUCAUCUUUCGACUGGAACACGACCCCGUACGACAUGCCGGACCUGUUCUCCAAGCCAGGAACGCCUUGCAAUGACUACAACGGGUACUGCGAUGUCUUUCAGAAGUGCAGAGAGGUGGACCCAUCAGGGCCACUCGCCACGUUACGCAAGCUGCUGCUGUCAGAUGAGAGCAUUGCAUCAUUCAAGCGGUGGGUCACUGACCACUGGUACGCUGUUUUACUCAUCGUGUUAGCAGCCCUGUUGAUUCUGGUCCUGAGCACAAAAUUCCUUGGCAAGCGCCCAGAUCGGAAGCUCAAGUCUGUCACCAUCAUUCACAGUUCAACAACCGAAACUGUCCGUCUGCCACCAGAAGGGGAUGGCGGUCAGGUAACCAUUCACCCAGCCGUCCGGUCAAAACUUCCUUUCAAACGUAAAGUGCGUGAGAAGCAUCACUUACACCGACGCAGGACAAAGAUCAAAGAUGCAGCCACCAACAACAAUGGUAAUAGCAACAAUAAUAAUUCUACUCCAAAAAAGGCGUUAAACAGAAAUAAGAAAGUAAAAAAGACGACAGCGGCAACAGCUGUCAGUGGGGAUGAAGUGAAGAACAGUGGGGUGGUGGCUGAGGAAGUGGCGCUUCAGAGGAAAUUAAAGAAGGCACAGCAACAGGCAAAAGGAAAGAAGAAAAAGAAGAAGGAAGUGAUAGACUACAGUGCAAUGCAGAGUGAUAAAAAGAAGUUAGGUGUGGUGUUGGGCUUGUCUGACAAGGGUUCUGCCCCUGUUGGAAAGGUCCAAAAGUUGUUGUUGAACUCCCAGCUACCUGUUGACUCAAAAUUACUUCCUAAAUCAAAGUCGGCUCCGAUCGGUCUGACGGGAGCUGCCAGGAGUCCAGUGAGGACUCGAGCUCCUGCCGUGUUGCGUCACAGCAGAAGUGAAAAGCCCAAGUCGCGAAGCACUGGGAACCUGAAAGGUGUUAAUAAAAACUGUAUUGAGAAGGAGAAGUUAAGACUACAAGUUGUCUACAGGCCACCAUUCAAGUUUAGUCUCAAGUUACACAAGGCUGAGAAAGGUUCUGGAGCAUCAGCAACUGUUGUUGUGGACAAGAGCCACCGAAGGUCUGUUCCAGGGGAUCUCAAGCGAGGCGGAGGAGGAGGUGUUAGCGGCGGAGCUCGGGCUGCCAUGCUCCUGAGGUCGAGAGACCGCAGGAGGAUGGCAGACAAUCGGAAGCCCGAAGUUAAGGAGGCGGUGACUGCCGCGACGGCACCAGCAUCUCCAGCCGUGUCUGCAGCACCGAUGCUACAGCCAUCCCUACCGACUCCAACCGUAAACCAAAACAAGGAACGAGACGAAGAUAUAGACUCUAAUAUCCACACUGUGCCAUCAGACCUAGAGGUGCUGCUGUCAGAGAGUGAGUUCCUCUUCUCUGAUGCAUGUUCAACAACCGAAACUGUCCGUCUGCCACCAGAAGGGGAUGGCGGUCAGGUAACCAUUCACCCAGCCGUCCGGUCAAAACUUCCUUUCAAACGUAAAGUGCGUGAGAAGCAUCACUUACACCGACGCAGGACAAAGAUCAAAGAUGCAGCCACCAACAACAAUGGUAAUAGCAACAAUAAUAAUUCUACUCCAAAAAAGGCGUUAAACAGAAAUAAGAAAGUAAAAAAGACGACAGCGGCAACAGCUGUCAGUGGGGAUGAAGUGAAGAACAGUGGGGUGGUGGCUGAGGAAGUGGCGCUUCAGAGGAAAUUAAAGAAGGCGCAGCAACAGGCAAAAGGAAAGAAGAAAAAGAAGAAGGAAGUGAUAGACUACAGUGCAAUGCAGAGUGAUAAAAAGAAGUUAGGUGUGGUGUUGGGCUUGUCUGACAAGGGUUCUGCCCCUGUUGGAAAGGUCCAAAAGUUGUUGUUGAACUCCCAGCUACCUGUUGACUCAAAAUUACUUCCUAAAUCAAAGUCGGCUCCGAUCGGUCUGACGGGAGCUGCCAGGAGUCCAGUGAGGACUCGAGCUCCUGCCGUGUUGCGUCACAGCAGAAGUGAAAAGCCCAAGUCGCGAAGCACUGGGAACCUGAAAGGUGUUAAUAAAAACUGUAUUGAGAAGGAGAAGUUAAGACUACAAGUUGUCUACAGGCCACCAUUCAAGUUUAGUCUCAAGUUACACAAGGCUGAGAAAGGUUCUGGAGCAUCAGCAACUGUUGUUGUGGACAAGAGCCACCGAAGGUCUGUUCCAGGGGAUCUCAAGCGAGGCGGAGGAGGAGGUGUUAGCGGCGGAGCUCGGGCUGCCAUGCUCCUGAGGUCGAGAGACCGCAGGAGGAUGGCAGACAAUCGGAAGCCCGAAGUUAAGGAGGCGGUGACUGCCGCGACGGCACCAGCAUCUCCAGCCGUGUCUGCAGCACCGAUGCUACAGCCAUCCCUACCGACUCCAACCGUAAACCAAAACAAGGAACGAGACGAAGAUAUAGACUCUAAUAUCCACACUGUGCCAUCAGACCUAGAGGUGCUGCUGUCAGAGAGUGAGUUCCUCUUCUCUGAUGCAUGACAACGGACAUCAAUUUUUCCAUUCCAUUUCCUUCCAGAACUGUCGGUGUCCAUGACUCUGAAGUACGCUUUUAUACACAAGUACUUAAUCUCAUACAUGAUACUGAGACUUACUUACAUUUGAGAUUUUUUUUUUUUUAAUGUGCCAAAUAGUUGCAAGUUGUGAAACCAAAGUAAGGUGAAAUAUGUGAUAACAGGAGAAGGUGGUUUCCAUUAGCAUUUUCUCCAUUCAAAGUUUUUGCCGAGUUAAACUCUGAGUCACUCCACUCUUGUGACAGACUUCUGAAAUGUCUUAACCUUACCUUGAAUCUUAAAGCCAGGAUUUGGUCCUUUACGUGAAAAAAUAGAAGGCAUUUUGUAUUUAACCGAGAUCUUUGCUAAAGACGAUGAACAAAUCAGCAGAUUAGACUGUGGACCGAACAUCCCACUGCACUGUGCGUCUUCAUUACCACAGUACAAAUCAGACCUAUGUGUGUGGGCCGUGGUGGCAGCCUCAUCAAACCUCUUACAGUCAGAUGCUUUAUAAAAAUUGUAAUACAUUGGCCAAGGAUGAAUUUUCCAUGUAAAACUGUUUGUGUACCAUGAUGGCACCAAGCCCUUAACAUCAUAAGUAGUCAAAGAAAUAUGCGCGACUCAUUUGGAACUAAAUGGGUCCUUCCUACAUUGCUAGUAAAUAAUUUUUGUAGGUUUGUGUUUAGGCAGCCACUCUGACUGUUGUUGUCUGCCUGACAUUUAAAACAGGCCGCUGUCCUUCAGUACGGGGACCACACUGCCCUCCCAGUCGUAGCAUUCGCCACGCGUGAUACACACAGUCAACAUACUUUAAACUUCCUUCUCACCUGAGGUGAUAGGUUUGUUCUUAUGUGAAGAAUGGAUGUGCUUCGUACAAGACGAGCAUCAACCUUUAUGAGCCCCCUUAAUUUUAUCGAAUUAACUUAGUAAAACUAACACUGUUUAUAAUCUCAUUCAUAAAUCAUACUCAUAAUAUCUUUGUUCUUAUUAAUGUGUAAUCAGUCGAUAUAGCAUCAACACAUUAAAUAAUCCUUGAUUUGAAGCUUUUGCUGUGACUAGACUCAAUAAAAUCUUGUUUCUAUAAAUGACUAAUUCACUUUUAUGUUUGUAGCAAUUCCUUUAACAUUAUUUGCUAAAUUAAAUGUAUUUCUUCGAUUCUUGCCAUGGGUGUUAUUACCUCUGAAACAGAUUCCUUGAAAAGGGUGGGCAGAGGCCACAGCUGACAACAUUCACCACAAGGAUUUUUUUUUUAGCAGCUAUAGAACGGGUAUUUUAGAUAUAACACGUAGAGUGAUAACAUUCCUGGCCAUCAGUAUUACUUAUUUAAAGUGGAACAAGUUCCAAAAUUCUUGCAAAUGAAGCCAUGAUUUGGUUAUGAAGCUGACUGCCAGGGUCUGAUUAUAUUCGCCUCUUUGCAAGACAUUGCGACGACAUGGGCAGUAAGAAAGGUGUUGUGAAAUUACAUCGAGAUGUCUGGCAAAUGGAGGAAAUGACAGUUUUACAAAUGUACAUUCCAUAUAAUAGGUGUUACUGUUUAUGUGUAUAAUGCAAUGAUUGACUUCACAAAUGGAUGUGUUAUCUCCUCCAUCUUGCCCGUUUGUAUAGCAGUGUCAGAUUAUAACAAAUGUAUUCUUAUCACCAGAAUAGUCAAGACUCCCAAGACUUUAUUUUAAACCAAGUUCAGAAAAUAUUUUUCUGAGCGAUCGCUUCUCUGUGUAACUGAAGUUGGUAAUUUGUACAUAUAUUACAAUCAUGAAGUGAUCAAGUGAUUUCAAGGUUAAGCAAAUUAUGUGUUUCCUGAGUGUAUGUGCGUAACACAUGAAGUGAAUGUCACAGCUGAGUGGUUAACACUCCUACUCUGCAUUUCAGGAGGUCCCAAAUUCAGAUCUUUGUCCAGUAACCAGCUAUCCUGAUUGUUUUUUCAUGGUUUUCCUCAGUACCUCAGACUUUGUAGGGUCUUCUUGUCCCACGGAAAUAUUUAGGCAUUUUAAUUUAAACUUCAGAUUUAGUACGAAAAUACGUAAUAAGACAUUACACUUUUUCCAGCAAUUUAUUCCAGACCAUAAUUAAGUAAAGGUAAAAUUCGCGGCUUGUUCCCCAGCCUUUGGUGUUGGUUGUCUGCCUGUAACAUUAUAUAAAAGCAGCCUGGCAGAGCAUUCCUUAACACCACAGUCUGGUUUGAAGAACAGGUGUCAAUGUUCAGUGUUUUAACAAACUGACACAGCAGAUGUAAUAUAUUUUACAAAGUUAUCUGUAAUGUUUUAAAUGUUGACUAUUCUGGUUACUAAGAAAUUAACAGAUAUAAUAUAAAUAUAAAACGUGUGUGUUGGAUGUAAUAGAGUCCUUAGCACAGACAAGAUGUGCAUUAGAGGUGAGCAGUACACCGGUAAUGGUUCUUAAUCACUUUUAUUUGAAAUGCUGGUGGCGACUGAAGUUGCUUAUAUUCCCCGCCUACCGAGACCCAUUCCUGCACUGUAUCCACAGAAGAUACCUGUGUGGGCAGUAACCAGUUAGAACCAGAGUGUUGAAUCACUGGUAUGAAGACUAGUGACUGAAAUCACUGUUUACAUUUCAGUAUCUCCCUGUAACGGGCAGCGAAGUAGCGGGUAACCAGUUAGGCACUGGAAUGAUUUGAAUCACUGGCUGGUGAUGUCGUAACUAACAAGACGGUGAACAAUGAAAUGGAAGUCAUUCUCACCCUCCUCAGUUCUCAUUUCUUUUGCUGGUACUUAAAUACGAACUGAACGCUACCUUAUUUUUCUGUGUUUCAAUUUUUAUUAUUCCAAAGAAUUUAGGACAUUGCAAAUGGUAUUCCUACCAUUUUUUAUGACUUUAAAUUCAAAACACAUUUCUCAUACAUCUAGUUCUAAUGGAGUAUGCGUUGUGAAGAAAGUUAUGACCUUGGUUAGAAGUUUAUAUAGUAUCAUUAAAUGAUAAAUUGACCGAUUUUUCAUCGUAUGCAACAAGCUGCAAAUUUACACUGUGAAUACUCAAGUGCCCGUCUUCUGUACCACUGUUUCAGCUUCCAGAACCUCAUGUCUGUCCAUUGUUUUACCAGCUUAUUUGUCUGUCGAGCAAACUGGUAACCUAACCGUACCAGUGAACACGGUUACUGCUUAAAAUCACCAUUCCUCACAAAUAAUGUUUUAAUGGUGGUUCAAAAUUAACUAGAUUGCUCACCUCUAGUGUAUGCGAGUGUGUUGAAGCCGUGGACUGGCCAGCACUUUCUUCAUGCCCACAUGACGUGUCGUCGUGCAGCUUGCUUUGGUCUAGUAACUGCAGCGUGCUCUGUCGUAACUCCUGCCAAAACCAAUUGAGCCUUCCUACAUACUCCGGUGCAGAACUCUUUUAUGCUCCAACUUUUUUUCUAACUUAUUUUGCUAGAGGAAUCAAUUUUUCUGCAAAGCCUGUGUAGCUCUUCUAUUACAUGGUUGUGCAUUGUUUUGAGUUGUUUUUGUAUUUGACAUGAUGUUGGGAUGAAUAAACAAAGAGGGAGAUAAUUGUUCAGUAAUGUAAUUUUUGUGCCGCAGUGGUCUAUGAUGCAUUAGAGGCACGCGAAACAAUUGCCAAUGCCGUGUGACCUCAGCAUUCACAGAUACACUUACUUACUCUUACAGUCAUUACGAAUAAUAUUACUAACUAGUGUGUCAGUUAUUGAUCUUUAUUCUUUUUGUUUGGGAGGUGUACAGUUGAAACUCUGGUUUUUAUGGUAUCAGCCCUAACGUUCUUCAAAAUAUUUCACAGGACUUAUAUAACAAUAAAUAGGUGGAAGAAACUGAUUUCCUGUGCCAAAGGUGUUGAAUUAGAAUCCUGCCAAAUAUAGAUCCGGUUAAUUUUGCUUUUCAAUCUUAACCUCAAUUUGACAGUAGUGAAUACAUGUCUAUCUUGAUUCAGAGGCCACUUUCAUCUGGUCAUCAGUUUUGCCAUCUUCCUAAUCAUUUCACAUAAUAUAAUCUGUUAUGCAGUUGCUCCACCUGAGGAAAUGCUCUCUUCAUCUGAUGGCAGUAACAGAACUUCAGUGAAUAAGACAGAUACUUAAUUUUAACAUCUGCAGUCUUACACUGCAUGAAUGUUACUGCUUUAUUUAAAAUGAUUUUGCAGUCCAUUUCUUACAUGUGAAAAUUAUUUUUAACAUUUUACUUUUAUUACAACAUUGUAUAGUAUGUUUUAUAACAAUGAAAUUACUGAAAUUGUUGUAAGUCAAUCACCUUAUGAAAAUUAUACACAUUGUACACUUUGUUGUACUUCCACUUACUUGUUGUGUAUCUCCUUAGAAAUAUGAAAUUUUUCAAUGGUACUGAUUUACAGUAUCCAUUUUAUCUGAGCUUUUAAAUGUAUCAAAAAAUAUUACAGAUGAUGUAACAUAAAAAAAUAUAUUUUCUUUAUUUUGGAAGCAUGAGAAAUUAAACACAAUUUUAAUCUUUAGUACAAUACAAAAAAAGUUUCUGCAAAAUGGAGUAUUUGGUUUCAGAUGUUGUUAAAAGUAUAAUGGAACUUGUACAAAUACUUCUGCCGUCCGUACAAUGUAACUUCUUUGCAGCGCCUGCUGUUAACAGACGGUACUGACAAUCUAUAAAUAUGAAACUGUGGCUUUCUCAAUGUUAGUCUUAACACAAACUCCUCUCGCAAAACUGUGUCUCUGAGAAGUAUUGUUACUUUUAUUAAGGUUCUGAAGGACUUCAAAAAUACUUCUUCAUCAGCUUUGUACAUAACCUUAAAUGUCUUACUAUUCCCUGAAUCAAUAUUGACCAUAUGUAUUAUGGAUUUAUGCAAUUUUGGAGAGUUUGAGACUCCUACAGUUGACUGAAUUACAUUAUGUACGAAUAAAUGUUAAACAGAUGAGAACCAAUUAUCCAGCAACUGCAGAGGCAUCUUCCUUAAAGGCUGCUCAAUCUGCAACAUCAUGUAGCUGAUUAUGUAGCACUCCAGUAAGGUUAUGUUUAUAAGAAAGAAAAGAUUACCAUAAGAAUGAUGGAAUUGUCUUGAUAUUGUGAUCCCAUUGUGUUAUUUUCUUCACAAGUACAGGUAACUUCGGAGCCAUCAACACAACUUAUAAUAUAUUAAAAAAUAUUACUUUAUUUUAAUAUUCAUGAUAUUUUGACUGUGUCAGAAUGACAGAAUGAACUUUAUUUCAGUUUUGAGAUUUUAUGAUUUUACAGUGAUGAAAACAUGUAUUGUGAUCUUCUGGGUUGUGAUGCCAAAUAUUCUAGGACUGAUUUACAGUUUCACAGGAGCACAUAACUCCAUGUUUAGUGUACAACAACACGCCUGAAUAAAUGUUACAGUGAGCACAA